GAGCUGUCGUGGUCCCCGCGGUAAUAAAAGCGCGCGGGAGAGAGGAGGGAAUCCCUGCUAGCCUGCCUCUCAUGGGGCGGGGUCUCGUCUUCCUCCUGGGUAAAGAUUUCUCCAGGAAAACUAUGAAGCACCAAGAGGUGUUCCGGACUCUGGGUCUGUUCACUUCUUUUCGUUGAAAAUGGACUGCCCGUAGGCUCGAGAGGAAGGCCGUGCCGCUCUGGCCGACUCUGGAGGUGCUGGGGACGUGGGCACUCGCGGCCCGUGCAGGGCCACGGGAGCAAGUGGCGCGUCUUCAUUGAGGAUUUAGGACAUUGAGGGAAUGAGGGGCAGGGGAGACUGUAGGGACUAUUAGUUUGCCAUGCGAGCUGGAAUUUUCCAAGUCUGUGGGUUUUAGGGAGAGAGGCCCCUAUUUUGAUUAAGUAAUGUACCCUCCCACCAGCCCUAGAGAAGAGCGGCAUCUCAUUAGCGGGAUAUUUACAUUUCCAGGCCGCCUUGCCGGGCCUGAUGUUGAGGCAGCCCCCCGGCGUCCAGAGCGCUAGGUUCAGGGCUCGUUCUCACUCAGCAGUCUGUCCUUUAAUUGGUUGUUUCACUGGUGGUUUGUGGCCAGGGUUGGGUGGUACUCUGGCCCUUGGCCAUUCUCUGAGUUGGAGGGUCCCAGCCACCUAUGGGCCAAAUGGGGCCUUGACAGAGGAAGAGUAGUUUUUAGGACAAAAUCGGUAAAAGAAGGGAGAGCGCAUCUCUUUGGGGAGCUCUGGGGACAGCAGAGGGAGAUGAAGCUGCAGAGGUGGGCAGGAGGCCAGGAGUGAGAGGCCCUCCAUGCCAUGCAGAGAAGUUGAGAGUUCAUCUGGUAGGGAGUGGAGGGGAAGUCAUUGAAGAAUCCUGCACAGACUUCAGUGUUGGAAAGAUCACUUUGUGUCUUUCAGGUGGACAGGUCUGUGGUGAAUCAAGAGGCAGGGCCUGUCGGCCUCAGAGGGAGAAGUGCAGGAUGGGAGGAGACACAGGUACUUCUCAGGAGCCCUAGUGGCAGGAAAACAGUUGGGCCGCUGAAGCUGGGUGGAUACCUUGGGUGAGUUCUCCUCACCUUGGCUUGUCACCUGAAAUAAUCCCACCUGGUAGCACUGCCGGGAGAGCAGCAUAGGAAAAAUGAAGAAACAAGUCACAGAUUGGGAGAAGAUAUUUGCAACAUCUUUUGGUGUCCAGAUAUGUAAAGAACUACCAAUCAUAAGAAAAAGGCCAAGAACCCAUUAGAAGAGUGGUCAAAAGACAUGAUAAGUGACUUGGAGUCAAGAAGAUUUUCUGAGCAUAAUUUAUACAUUUAACCUGUAAAAAAAGUCAUCUUGGAAUUGGAGACUCUUUUUGCCCCAUCUGAAGUCCAUAUGGCUCUGUAUGAUGAGGACCUCCUGAAAAAUCCCUUCUAUCUGGCUCUUCAAAAGUGGCGUCCUGACUUGUGCAACAAGGUGGCCCAAACCCGUGGCAUUGUGUUAGUACCCUGCAAAGGAAGCCUGUCAGGCAGUGUUCAGUCUACUUGUCAAUUUGAGUCCUACAUUUUGAUCCCAGUGGAAGAACACUUUCAGACCUUAAAUGGAAAGGAUGUCUUUAUCCAAGGAAACAGGAUUAAACUAGGAGCUGGUUUCGCCUGUCUUCCCUCAGUGCCCAUUCUCUUUGAAGAAACUUUCUACAAUGAAAAAGAAGAAAGUUUCAGCAUACUGUGCAUAGCCCAUCCUUUGGAAAAGAGAGAGAGUUCAGAAGAGCCUUCAACACCCUCAGAUCCCUUUUCCCUGAAAACCAUCGAAGACGUGAGAGAGUUUUUGGGAAGACAUGCAGAGAGAUUUGACAGGAACAUCGCUUCUUUCCAGCGAACGUUCAGAGAGUGUGAAAGAAAGAGCCUCCGUCAUCACAUAGACUCCGUGAAUGCUCUCUACACCAGAUGCCUCCAGCAACUGCUGAGGGACUCCCGCCUGAAAGUGCUCGCCAAGCAGGAGGCCCAGAUGAACCUGAUGAAACAGGCUGUAGAGAUGUAUGUCCAGCACGAUAUUUACGACCUGAUCUUUAAAUAUGUGGGGACCAUGGAGGCAAGUGAGGAUGCUGCCUUUAACAAGAUCACAAGGAGCCUUCAAGAUCUUCAGCAGAAGGAUAUUGGUGUGAAACCUGAGUUCAGCUUCAACAUACCUCGUGCCAAGAGGGAGCUGGCUCAGCUGAACAGGUGCACGUCCCCGCAGCAGAAGCUGGCUUGUUUGUGGAAGGUGGUGCAGCUGAUCACCCAGUCUCCCAGCCAGAGAGUUAACUUGGAGACCAUGUGUGCUGAUGAUCUGCUAUCAGUCCUGUUGUAUUUGCUUGUGAAAACGGAGAUCCCUAAUUGGAUGGCAAAUUUGAGUUAUAUCAAAAACUUCCGAUUUAGCAGCUCAGCAAAAGAUGAACUGGGAUACUGCCUGACCUCAGUUGAGGCUGCAAUUGAAUAUAUUCGGCAGGGAAGCCUCUCCGUUAAGCCACUGGAGUCCGAGGGAUUUGGCGACAGACUGUUCCUUAAGCAGAGAAUGAGCUUGCUGUCUCAGCUGACCUCAACUCCCAUUGACUGCUUGUUUCAGCACAUCGCAUCAGGUAACCAGAAAGAAGUGGAAAGACUUCUGAGCCAGGAAGACCGAGAUAAAGAUGCCGUCCAAAAGAUGUGUCACCCUCUGUGCUUCUGUGAUGACUGUGAGAAACUCGUCUCAGGGAGGCUGAAUGACCCCUCCAUUGUCACUCCAUUCUCCAGAGACGACAGGGGUCAUACACCGCUCCAUGUGGCUGCCCUCUGCGGGCAGGCAUCCCUCAUUGACUUUCUGGUUUCCAAGGGCGCGGUGGUGAACGCUACAGACUACCAUGGCUCCACCCCGCUGCAUCUUGCGUGUCAGAAGGGCUGUCAGAGCGUGACGCUGCUGCUGCUGCACUACAAAGCCAGCGCCGACGUGCAAGACAACAACGGCAACACCCCUCUGCACCUGGCCUGCACCUACGGCCACGAAGACUGUGUGAAGGCUCUGGUCUACUAUGACGUGCAGUCCUGCAGACUAGAUAUUGGUAACGAGAAAGGAGACACUCCCCUGCACAUUGCUGCCCGCUGGGGUUACCAAAGCAUCAUAGAGACGUUGCUACAGAACGGAGCGUCCACAGAGAUCCAGAACAGGCUGAAGGAAACGCCCCUCAAGUGUGCGUUAAACUCAAAGAUUCUGUCCAUGAUGGAAGCCCACCAUCCGUCCUUCGAGAGGGAGCAGAAGUCUUCAGAGGUGCCCGCGCGGCCCCCUCAGUGCUCCGUGGAUUCCAUCAGCCAGGGCUCCUGCGCUUCCAGCUUCUCAUCCGCGUCGCUGAGCUCCAGGCAAGAGGAGCCCAGAAAGUUCUACAGGGAGCCCACAGAGCAGACCAUGGCGUGGAUGUGCCCAUCCCCUGCAGGUGGGGAGCCCUCACUGACUCCGCCCCGGGCUCCUCCUUCGCUGUCACCCCCAGGCUGUGACCUGCUCUCGGAGGGCCCAGUAGAAAAACUUUUAAGAGCCACUGCUGAUGGAGACCUAGAAAUGGUGCGUUACCUGUUGGAGUGGACAGAGGAGGACCCGGAUGAAGUGGAGGAUGCUGUCAGGGCGGUGGAUCUUGAAUUUUGUCACCCCUUGUGCCAGUGCCCCAAAUGUGCUCCAGCUCAAAAGAAGCUGGCAAAGAUUCCUGCCAGUGGGCUUGGUGUGAAUGUGACCAACCAGGAUGGUUCCUCCCCACUGCACGUUGCUGCCCUGCAUGGUCGGGCGGACCUCCUUCUCCUCCUCGUGAAGCACGGUGCCAGUGUGGGGGCCAGAGACGCAAAGCAGGCCGUCCCACUCCACCUGGCCUGCCAGAAGGGCCACUUCCAGGUGGUGAAAUGUCUACUAGAUUCUAAUGCAAAACCCAAUAAAAAGGAUAUAAGUGGAAACACACCCCUCCUUUAUGCUUGUUCCAGAGGCCACCACGAAGUUGCGGCACUGUUGCUGCAGCAUGGGGCCUCCAUUAAUGCUUCUAACAAUAAGGGCAACACAGCACUGCACGAGGCUGUGAUAGAAAAGCACGUCUUCGUGGUGGAGCUGCUUCUGCUUCAUGGAGCAUCAGUUCAGGUCUUGAACAAGAGGCAGUGCACAGCUAUAGACUGUGCUGAACAGAAUUCAAAAAUAAUGGAAUUGCUUCAGGUAGUUCCAAGCUGUGUGGCCACGUUAGAUGAUGUUGGAGAAACAGACCACAACGAGUACGUUACUGUGAAGAUCAGGAAAAAAUGGAACUCCAAAAUGUAUGAUCUACCAGAUGAACCUUUUACAAGACAGUUUUACUUUGUCCACUCAGUUGGUCAGUUUAAGGGAAGGACCUCAAGGGAGAUUAUGGCAAGAGAUAGAAGUGUCCCUAAUUUUGCUGAAGAUUCUUUGCAUGAGCCAGGGAGGCAAAGAGUCACUCGGAAGCAGAAUAACCUGCCAGACCAGAGCAGCUCUCAGACAGCUGACAAAGGAAACGAUGGUCAGCCGGAGAGGCCUGGACCGAGACAAACUGCUCCUGGACAAAGGCGAAUGCUCCGUAGACACAUAGUCAAUGAUGCGGUUGUACCCAAGGGCCCAGAGACUGCUGGCAACCUGACCACUCCCCAAGAGGCUAGCAUUUCCCAAUCUUAAUAGUAAUAAGGAAUUAUCUACUGCCAAGAAGCGAGUCCUCAACAAGAAGAUGCCAAGCAUGAGUACAGCUUAGAACUAAACGAACUUACUGUUUGUCUUGAGAGAAAAGCAGAAAGGUCCUGAAAGCUUUUCUGUGGCAGAUGGAAAGAAUGCAACAACAAAAAGCUAUCACCAUCUCUUUCCUCUUCAAAGCUAAUGGAUACACUUGAAAAAGAAUGGACAAAAGUUCCAGUAGUGUCCAGAUCCUUAAGACGCUUCUUCUUAUGUAUUAGGGUUCCUUGGUUACAGCGAGGUUUCAUCACCAGAUUCUGACCUCCUUCUACUGAAAGGUGCUAGACUUCUGGGAUGUGUAUAAACUUGCAAACCACAGCUAAAAGAAUUCCUCCCUCUGCGAUAAGCUGAAGAAAAGCAAUUUAGGUUUCAUGGUACCGUGGAGGCCGGGCGGAAAUGUUGCAUUGGAAUGAAGGAAAUAGGACCUGAAAAAUGUCCCUUUGCAAGCAACACUUGAACCCAAAGAUGCCUAAAUGCCAUUUUGAUGCUCAUUUUAGUUGAAAGGACACACAUGACAUGUUCUACACUAUGUAUGUGGGGAAAGUUGGGUAUAAUUUUUCUUCUAAAAAAUUAAGUACAGAUAAUUGAUCACUGCACUUAUACACCUGUAGCAGUGUCUCUGGAAAAAUCCCUUUCCGUUAAGAGCCUCCCUUAAAUGUCACACCUGAUGGAUGGUUCCUGAACUAUACAGUAGACUUGGCACACCUUUUCUUAGUCUUUUGAUUCAAAAGAUUCAAAACUUACAGCACAAACCAGGUCAAAGUUACCUUAAAUUAGAAUUUAUUACCAUUUAUUCCUUUUUAUAAAUUUCUAUAGCUUAUACUCAUUUUUUUUGUUAUCAAUUGGUCUAGAGCUGCAAACAUGGGUUUGUCCAGAGUACAUUUUCAAACAACUUUGUAAUAGGAAAAUGGUUCUGUGCACGUUCUUGGAAACACUUGCGUAUGUACAGAAGGGAGGGGCUGAUUAUUUUUCUACAAAGUAAUUUAUGAUUUUUAAUUUUCUAAUGUGCCUUGGACAUGUGCCAAAUGAUGGAAAAGAAACAGUAAACUUUAUGAUUCUUGAGCGUGU